CAACACUUUCUCCAUAAUUUCCAAAGUAAUUAAAUACAACAACAAGUACCAGCAUUGUUAUUGAAAUGGACGCUAAAGCAGUAGCUAGUUCAUCGGGUGUCGAGGUAUGUCCACUGUGUGGUUCGGUGGUGCGAUAUUACUUCAUACACUUCAAUUAUAAAAUAUUGAUGUGUGGGAAUGCUGCCUGUGAGUAUCCAUUUACCAAUUCAGAUGUUGUUUUUACUAAAGAAGACCCUAAUAAGGAAUACGACCAAGUGGUGGACCGCAUCAAGCGACCGGUUUCCCCGUCUGCUACGCAGUCCACGGUAUCAAGCGAGGACUGGUCUGAAAUAGAGAGGCUGGCCGGAUACAGUAAGGCUGAAGAGCAGCUGGCCAUUCAACCAGCUGAGGCCCAAGAAAAAAAACCAGCUAAAGCAAAGAAGACCCCUGAAGAAGUUGCUGAAGAAGUUGCUGAAGAUGAAACAACAAAACAAUUAGUAGAGGAACUUCGCAAAGUUUACACAAAAGAUGCGAAGCCGACUGAAAAGGACGGUAUUAUAAAAAAUGAGAAAUGGUUAAAAAACUUGAUGGAUAUGCAAGAGACUUCAGGCCGUAAACUGGUUAAAGACGAGGAGAUGAAAAUACUCCAGGAAAGCAAGCAACAAAUAACCGGGUUAGGUGAAGUCAUGGUUGAUAUUAAUAUGGGGGCAUCAAGCAGCAAGGCUGUAAUCAAGAUAGAUAUACAAAAGAAAAAUUGAAGGAAAUAUAAUUUUCCUCUCAUUUAUUCAUAUUAAAUUUAUGUGUGUCAUAAAAAUAAGUUAAAUAGUAACUUAUUUUUAACUAAGGAAAUAUAAUUUUUCUCACAUUUAAUCAUGUGUAUUGUGUGUCAAAAAAAUAAGUUAAGUAGUAACUUAUUUGUAUAGAUCGUUUCGUCCACGAAGACGCGCCACAUUUUUCUUCCGCUAAUGUUUGAGUGUUAUCGGUACACGCUAAAUUAUCCAUGAGUGCGCUGCAGACUCACACUAUAAUAAUGACGUUCGGAUUGCUCGGAUCAAACUUCCCGCACCCCGCGCUUCCCUAGACACAAAAAUUGGUGGGGCGCGUCUUCAUGAAUGAAACGAUCUUAUAACUGUUGUAGUAUGUAUAAAAUGGCACUUCACAAGAGUAGGUAAGUCAAGAGAUUUAAAAAAAAGUACUUACUUUUUAUACCUAUACCUACUAUUAUGACAUGCAAUUUUAUUUGUGUGUAUUAGUGAUUAGGUAUAAGUUAAUCUGCUAUAUUAUGCAAAUACAUGUUACAUUUAAUAAUAAUAGGUGUAGUUCUGUCUUAAUUGUCACUAAUUACCUGAAACUUUCAUUUUAUUUAACUUUGUUUUUACAAGGUACAAAUUAGGUUAUUAUUAAGAUUAUACUCCGUACGCGUGAAUCCCGUUUUCCCCUCUAGGGUUUGAAUUUUGCAAAAUCCCGU